AUGGCGAGGAACGUCGUCUCUGACGAAGAAGAAGAUGUGGAGCUCGACGAGGAAGAAGAGAAUGAACCCGCAGAUGCAGUAGAAGAUGACGAGGAGGAAGACGAUGAAGAAGGGCAGGAUGAGUACGAAAAGGAUGAUUUCAUAGUGGACGAUGUCGAGGAAGAGCCCGAGGAAGAAGGGAGGGCGGAUAGUGACGAAGAAAGGCAGAGGAAGAAGAAGAGAAAGAAGAAGAGAGAAGCUGAGGUGCUAGAUGAAGAUGACUAUGAACUCCUAAGGGACAACAACGUUUACCCUCAGAGACCCAAAGAUACCAAGAAGUUCAAGAGGCUUAAGAAGGCUCGACGGGACGCAGAUGAUGAUCGGGAUGGGGUUUUUGCGGAGGGAGAUGGAUCUGGUAAGGGUGGGCCUGAAGAAAAACUGAGUCGCACCUUGUUUGACGAUGAUGAAGGACAACGGUUUGAAGAUAUUGCUGAAGAAGAGGAACAGAUGGAAGAGGAGGAGGAAGUUGAAGUUGGAGAAGAUGAUGAUUUGGCAGAUUUCAUUGUGGAGGAAGAAGAACUCGAUGAGCAUGGAGUUCCUGUGAGGCAUAAGAAGGUGAAGAAAAAGAAGUCAAGGCAAUCAUCUGGAGCUUCAUCUUCUGCUUUGCAGGAAGCUCAUGAUAUAUUUGGCGAUGUGGAUGAGCUCAUCAAACUGCGUAAGCAACAAGGAUUAGAUUCGAAUAAUGAAUGGAGGGAAAGGAGAUUGGAAGAUGAAUUUGAACCCUCCGUACUUUCUGAGAAAUAUAUGACUGAGAAAGAUGAGCAAGUUCGACUCAGUGAUAUUCCUGAAAGAAUGCAGAUAUCUGAGGAGAGUACUGGUUCUCCUCCAACUGAUGAAGUCCUCAUCGAUGAUGAGAGCACUUGGAUAUAUAAUCAGCUUGCUAGUGGCGCAACAUCUCUGCAGGGUGUAACCAUUAAUAAAGAUGAUAUCGUCCAGUUUUUGGAGCUACAUCAUGUGCAGAAGUUAGAUGUUCCUUUCAUUGCCACAUACAGGAAGGAAGACUGCUCUAGCCUGUUGAAAGACUCUGGGCAACCUGAGAAUGACUAUGAUAAUCAGGAUAAUGACCAAACACCAAAAUUGAAGUGGCACAAGGUGGUUUGGGCAAUUCAGGACUUAGACAGGAAAUGGCUCCUCCUGCAGAAGAGAAAAAGUGCGCUCCACUUAUACUACGAGAAGCGAUUUGACGAAGAAUCUAGGCGCAUUUAUGAUGAGACAAGACUUAAUUUGAACCACCACCUUUUCAAGUCUAUUAUCAAGACGCUGGAGGCUGCAGAAUCAGAACGGGAGGUCGACGAUGUUGAUGCGAAGUUUAACCUGCAUUUUCCUCCAGGUGAGGUAGGUGUGGAUGAAGGGCAGUAUAAGAGGCCUAAAAGAAGAUCACAAUACAGUAUCUGUAACAAAGCUGGUCUAUGGGAAGUUGCUAGCAAGUUCGGCCCUAGUGCGGAGCAGCUCGGCUUAACCUUGUCAUUGUUAGCGAUGAGUUCAGCUUUGGAGGAUGCCAAGGAAACACCUGAAGAGAUGGCUUCAAACUUUACAUGUGCAAUGUUUGAAACUCCACAGGCUGUUCUUAAAGGGGCCAGGCACAUGGCUGCUGUUGAGAUAAGCUGCGAGCCAUAUGUCAGAAAACACAUCCGUGGUGUUUACAUGGAGCAUGCAGUCAUAUCCACCGCUCCAACUCCUGAUGGGAAUACAACAAUAGAUUCUUUUCAUCAGUUUUAUGGAGUGAAAUGGCUGCGUGAAAAACCAAUGAGUGAAUUCAAAGAUGCACAAUGGCUUCUUAUACAGAAGGCUGAAGAGGAGAAGCUUCUUCAAGUGACCUUCAAGCUUCCAGAAAAACGUAUGGAGUUGUUGGUCAAUGAAUGCAAGGAGCUUUAUUGUAGUGAUGGGGUCAGUAAAUCUGCCCAGUUAUGGAAUGAGCAAAGGCAAUUAAUAGUGCAGGAUGCUCUUUUUGGGUUUCUUUUGCCCUCAAUGGAGAAAGAAGCGAGAUCAUUGCUGACAAGCAAAUCUAAGCGCUGGCUACUUUGGGAAUAUGGGCAAGGUUUGUGGAAUAAAGUGUCUGUUGGCCCAUAUCAAAGAAAAGAAAGUGACCCGUCUGAUGAUGAUGCUGCUCCGAGGGUCAUGGCAUGCUGUUGGGGUCCUGGAAAGCCUGCAACAACUUUUGUUAUGCUAGAUUCCUCAGGGGAGGUGCUGGAUGUGCUUUCUACUGGGUCACUUACAUUGCAUUCGCAAAAUGCUGAUGACGUGCAAAGAAAGAAGAAUGAUCAACAACGAGUUCUCAGAUUUAUGAUGGAUCACCAACCACAUGUGGUCAUACUAGGGGCUGUGAAUUUGUCUUGUACAAGGCUUAAGGAAGACAUGUACGAGAUCAUUUUUAAGAUGGUGGAAGAUAAUCCCAGAGAUGUGGGACAUGAUAUGGAUGAAUUAAGCAUUGUCUACGGGGAUGAGUCUCUGCCUCGCCUAUAUGAAAACUCGCGGAUUUCCUCUGAUCAACUCCCAUCUCAGCCAGGAAUCGUGAAGAGAGCUGUUGCUCUUGGACGCUAUCUCCAAAACCCGCUGGCAAUGGUUGCGACACUGUGUGGGCCUGAGAGGGAGAUCCUGUCCUGGAAGCUCAACCCACUGGAGAGCUUCCUAACCCCAGAUGAAAAGUACAGUAUGGUUGAACAAGUCUUGGUCGAUGUCACUAGCCAGGUCGGUGUAGAUAUCAAUCUCGCCAUAAGCCACGAAUGGUUGUUUGGCCCCCUGCAAUUCAUAUCAGGUCUUGGCCCAAGAAAAGCGGCAUCUCUUCAGAGGUCACUCGUAAGGGCCGGAGCAAUCUUCACUAGGAAAGACUUUGUCACUACCCACAGCCUAGGGAAAAAAGUGUUUGUCAAUGCAGUCGGUUUCUUGCGCGUUAGACGGAGCGGCCUUGCAGGCAGCAGCAGCCAGUUCAUUGAUUUGCUGGAUGACACUCGAAUUCAUCCAGAAUCUUAUGGCCUCGCUCAGGAGAUGGCGAAAGAUAUUUAUGAAAUGGACAAUGGUGAAGCAAAUGAUGACGAUGAUCUUGAAAUGGCGAUAGAGCAUGUUCGUGAGCAUCCUACUCGGUUGAAGAUCCUCAAUCUCGAUAAAUAUUUGAAAGAUAAAAAAAGGGAGAACAAGAAGGAAACGUUUAAGGAUAUCAAAAGGGAUCUGAUGCAAGGUUUUACCGAUUGGCGGAAAAGGUACAAGGAGCCAACUCAGGAGGAAGAGUUCUACAUGAUUUCCGGGGAGACCUUGGAGACGCUCUCUGAGGGUAGAAUUGUCCAAGCAACUGUGCGUAGGGUGCUACCUGGGAAGGCAAUAUGCGUGCUGGAGUCUGGGUUGACUGGAAUUCUGACAAGGGAGGACUACGCUGAUGAUUACAGAGAUAUCCACGAGUUGUCCGAGAGGAUUCAUGAGGGGGAUGUGUUCACUUGCAGGAUUAAGGCGAUCGAUAUGAACAGGUACCAGGUGCAAGAUCUUGACCCGUAUUACCACGAGGAUACAGUCAAUUUGCACAGUGAUCAGGAGAAGGCUCGCAAAGGGAAGGAGCUCGCAAAGAAGCAUUUCAAGCCGAGGAUGAUUGUCCAUCCUAGGUUCCAGAAUAUAACUGCUGAUGAAGCUGUGGAGUUCUUGUCCAACAAGGAGCCGGGGGAAAGCAUUGUACGCCCUAGUUCUCGUGGACCAUCUUUCCUCGCUCUGACACUCAAAGUGUACAAUGGAGUUUAUGCCCACAAAGACAUAGUCGAAGGUGGCAAGGAGGUUAAGGACAUCACAAGUCUACUCCGGAUAGGGAAGACAUUGAAGAUUGGGGAGGACAUGUUCGAGGAUUUGGACGAGGUAAUCGAUCGGUAUGUAGAUCCUCUUGUGGUUCACCUGAAGUCGAUGCUAAACUACCGCAAGUUCAGAAGGGGGACAAAGGCAGAGGUAGACGAACUCCUGAAGAUGGAGAAAUCAGAGUAUCCCAUGAGGAUAGUCUAUUCCUUCGGCAUUUCCCACGAGCAUCCUGGCACGUUCAUCCUAACUUACAUCCGAAGCACGAAUCCACACCACGAGUACGUGGGCUUGUACCCGAAAGGAUUCAAGUUCCGCAAGAGGAUGUUCGAGGACAUCGAUAGGCUCGUCGCUUACUUCCAGAGGCAUAUAAACGAUCAACUCCACGAAUCGGGGCCGUCCAUUCGAUCGGUUGCUGCCAUGGUCCCAAUGCGUAGCCCAGCAGGUGGCGGCAGGUCUUCUGGAGAUGGCGGUGGCUGGGGUUCGAACAAUGACGGUGGUGGAUGGAAAGGAGGAGAUCGCUCUUCCAGACGGAAUGAUUAUCGAAAUGGUGGUGGUGGUGGUGAGAGUGGGGUGCCGAGGCCAUAUGCUGGUCGUGGACGGGGAAGAAACAACGAUAGGCAGGAUUCUGGUUACGAUCGUCCCAAGUGGGACUCUGGUGGUGGCAACAACAACGAUACUAGUAGCUGGGGCAGCUUUGCAGGCAACAGAGCUCAAAACUCACCUACCAGAGAAAACAGUGCUCGUGACAGUUCCGGCUGGGGGUGGGCUAGAGGUUCGAGGGUGGAGUCGGCACCGCCGCAAUCGGACAGUGGAUGGGGCAGCGGAGGCGGCAGCGGUUGGUGA